AUGACACGACUCAAGAUUUUCCUGUUAAUUCUGGGAUAUUUUACGACCACAAAUGCUCUUUCCGUGUUUAAUUUUACAGAAUAUUAUCAGAUGCCUCCGAUGGCGAGAUUUGACGAAUACGAGCGAUGCAUCUUGGGUUACGAGGAAUUAUCGGCAUAUUGUCUUGGCAAAACGAGCAUUAAACCUCAAGAGGAUUAUCAAUUAUGGAAUUAUAUCAAAAAUUUUUCGAGCGACACAAGACAUCAUUUCCGACAUGAUGUUCUCACUUCAGGUCUUUGCAUCAAUUGGUGCAAGAAAAAAUUGGAUAAAAUUCGAAAAAUGGAUCCUAAAUUGUACGAUGAGCUUUAUGAGCCGUACUUUGACUCGAAGAUUCGAUUUCCAAUUAAUCCAGAUGAUUUUCCGGGAACGCCAGAGUAUAGAAAGGAAUUUGGAGAUAUCAUGAACAGAUGUGUUAAUAUGUACCUAAAAGAGGAAUAUAACUUGACGGGAUAUACGGAAAUUAGUUUUUGCAGUACGAAUAAGGAAAAGGAGGAAUAUGACGCCGUCGACAACUCAUUCCUCGCCAUCACUCUCAUAAUUUGCGUCUUAGUUGCUCUUUCAACUCUUUACGAUUACUUCAGUCGUCGCGAAAUUCUCUCAACAACCCAACAACCAACGAAAAAAGAUGAACUUUUGAAGUCUUUUUCAUUUUUAAGCAACUGGGAGCGUCUCACAUCCGUUCCAAAAGCCGGAAUCUCUUACGAAUUUCGUCACAUCCAAGCAAUUCGUUACAUGACAAUGUUCAUCAUCAUUUACGGACACAUCAACAUUGGCUACAACGGACCCGUGCUGAAUCCCGAAUAUCACGAAGAGCGUUUCCACGUGCCUUUUUAUCACAUUUUCCUGAAUGGAACGACUGUCGUUCAAACAUUUUUCUUCAUUUCGGGCUUUUUGAUGGCAGUUCAUUUCAUCGAGGAGCUGAUGCAGAAACGUUCUUAUAAUUUCAAGUAUUUUUGGGUUGCCGUGGUUUAUCGUUAUUUGCGCUUGACUCCGGUUUACAUGUACGUUUUGAUGUAUGACGCGACAAUUUUGGUGAAAUCUCAAGUUGGUCCGAUGUGGAAAAGACAAGCAGGAUUGGAGAAAACUUAUUGUCGUCGGAAUUGGUGGACAAAUUUGUUGCUUGUGAAUAAUCAUGUGCACGUUAAAGAUGGGUGCAUGCCGCAUUCGUGGUAUAUGGCAGCAGAUACGCAACUUUUUGUUAUUGGAAUGUUUGUGAUGAUGGUCGUUUGGAAGAAGCCGAAACUCACGAAAUUGGUUGUUUUUGGAACGACGACGAUCUUUUGUGUGAUUCCCGGAAUUAUUACUUAUCUCAAGGGAUAUGAUGGAGUCUUCACAGUUACGCCAGAAGAACGCAUCAACAUGAACCAACUUGAGAGCUUCAAAGACACUUACAUCCCAUUUUACACAAAUGCCGCCAAUUAUUUCAUCGGAAUCAUGUCUGGAUAUUGGUAUCAUCAUAUCCGCAAAUCGGGCUACAAUCCAAGCACACUUGUGAAAAAUCUCUUCGCUUUUGCCUUUUUCGCUUCCAUCGUCUCAGGAUUUCUCAACUUUUACUAUUCGUACAUUUUUUACGAUUACGAGUUCGAAAAACCCGCAGUUUGGAUCGCUGUUUACUCAGUUAUUUCAAAAUGUUGGUGGGGUGUCAUUGCAUCGUUCUUUAUGUUCACUUUCCAUUACAAAUGCGUUCCAUUGGUGUCACGAGUUUUGAAUGCGAGAAUUUUCCAAAUUUUGGGCAGAGUGACGUAUUGCGUGUAUUUGGUGCAUUUCAGCUUGUUACGAGUUGCUUCGGCAGAGGCACGAGGAGCAGCUGUUGUGAGAACAUUAUCACAGAUCGGUUAUACGACAAUCGGUUUAAUUUACGCAAGUAUCGUUGGAAUGGUCCUUUGUUUGUUCUUAGAAUUUCCAGUUACAGCUCUUCUUAAGCUCUUGAUGCCCGAAAGAAGACCUGCUGAAACUGCAGUGACAGACGAGAUGAAAAUUAUGAAGGAAAAUAAUUCAACGUUGAAAAAUAAAUUUGAUUAUUACAACAAUGUGAGCAAAUCCAUGAAAGAAAAUUGCAUGGAAAGUGGGACAAUUAGAAAUUUGGAUGAAAAUGUGAAAGUUUAA